GCCAGCCAGCCUUUGUGCUCAUAUCCUUCGACUCUCAUCAUCACAUCCAUAUCCAUGUCGCUGACUUUGCUCUCGAAGCGGGCGCCUGCGCGGUGCCUGCGGGCCUCGGGUGCUGUUGGUGGUGGUGGCGGUGGUGGUGGUGUUGCUGCUGCUGUUGCUACUGCAGUAGGAGGCACAAGAGCAUUCAGUACGCCCGUGAAUGACUCCUUCGCACCCAUUUCCACCACUCCGCCCUCUGCGCCAGAAGCUCAAGGGGCAGUCUGGCGGGCUGUCAAUGCUCGUGCUCCCCGCCACGACUGGACCAAGGAUGAGAUUCGGGAGCUGUACAACACGCCGCUCAUGGAGCUGGCUCAUCAGGCGGGUGUUCUGCAUAGACGCUUCCACUCGCCGUCGGCGGUGCAAAUGUGCACGCUGAUGAACAUCAAAACCGGUGGCUGUAGCGAGGACUGCUCGUACUGUGCGCAGUCGACGCGCUACAACACGGGACUCAAGGCCGAAAAAAUGUCUCCGGUGGAGAAUGUGCUCCAGGCCGCGCGCAUCGCCAAGGACAAUGGGAGCACGCGCUUCUGCAUGGGAGCGGCGUGGAGAGACAUGCGAGGCCGCAAGACCAGCCUGAAGAACGUCAAAGCCAUGGUCGAGGGCAUUCGCGCCAUGGACAUGGAAGUCUGCGUUACACUCGGUAUGAUUGAUCAGAACCAGGCCGACGAGCUCAAGUCAGCCGGCCUCACGGCAUACAACCACAACGUGGACACAUCGCGAGAGCACUAUCCCUCCGUCAUUACGACACGAACCUACGACGAGCGUCUGCAGACGCUAUCGCACGUGCGAAAUGCCGGCAUCAACGUCUGCUCCGGAGGUAUCUUGGGCCUGGGAGAGAAGCCCGAAGACCACGUUGGUCUCUUGUACACCGUGUCGACUCUCCCAGCGCAUCCCGAGUCGUUUCCCGUCAACGCACUGGUGCCGAUCAAAGGGACCCCACUCGGCGACGACCCCAACCGCACCCGUAUUGCCUUUGACGCCAUUUUGAGGACCAUUGCCACCGCACGCCUGGUCAUGCCCGCCACCAUUAUCCGCAUCGCAGCAGGACGCACGACGAUGAGUGAAGCCGAGCAGAUUCUCUGCUUCUCCGCAGGCGCCAAUGCCGUUUUCACGGGCGAAAAGAUGCUGACUACAGAUGCUGUCGGGUGGGAUGCAGAUAAAGUCAUGUUUGAAAAAUAUGGUCUGCUGCCCAUGCGUCCUUUUGAACGAGGCGGUUAUCGGGAUGCUACUUCUACUGCUCCUGCUCCUACUCCUACGCAAGAAACACUGUCAUCUGCAGAAACUACUUCUGCGGGGAAUGUAGCUGCAGCAGCAUGAUGGUCUAAAAUCUUACUUACCCAACUGAGUUGCGCAAAUACGAACAUUUUACUUAUCACAUCACACGAUACUACCAAUGUACUCCCCGUGAUCACCACAUUGUUUUCUCGUGCCAGAC